UUCUAUGCAGUUUGCGUUUUGUUGUGUUGUUUACCCGUGUCUGGUGCUUCAAUACAUGGGCCAAGCUGCGUUUUUGUCAAAGAAUUUUUCUGCUCUACCUUCAAGCUUUUAUUCUUCCAUUCCAGAUCCAUUUUUCUGGCCGGUUCUCAUGAUGGCUAUGCUGGCUGCAAUGGUCGCAAGCCAAGCAGUCAUAUUUGCCACGUUCUCGAUUGUCAAACAAUGCUAUGCACUGGGAUGCUUCCCGCGCGUGAAGAUUGUUCACAAACCAAGAUGGGUCCUUGGUCAAAUUUACAUUCCUGAGAUCAAUUGGGUUGUCAUGAUCCUCACCCUUGCUGUCACCAUUUGUUUCCAAGACACUAGACACCUAGCUUUUGCUUUUGGGCUCGCCUGCAUGACUCUAGCCUUUGUGACAACUUGGUUGAUGCCUCUCAUCAUCAACUUUGUCUGGAACCGUAAUAUCGUCUUCUCCGUCCUAUUCAUCCUCUUCUUUGGGACCAUAGAACUUGUCUUCGUUGCAUCAGCCUUAGUCAAAAUCCCUAAAGGAGGCUGGAUAACUCUCCUCCUUUCCCUCUUCUUCACAUUCAUCUCUUAUGUAUGGCAUUAUGGCAGUAGAAAGAAGUACCUAUGCGACCAGCACAACAAGGUCCCUAUGAAGUCAAUCCUAAGUCUCGGCCCAAGCCUCGGGAUCAUCAAAGUCCCCGGGAUGGGUCUUAUCUACACCGAGCUGGCCAGUGGUGUCCCUGCCACAUUUACUCACUUUCUAACAAACUUACCGGCAUUCUAUCAAGUUGUCGUCUUUGUCUGCUGCAAAACUGUCCCUAUCCCGUAUGUACCGCAGAAAGAAAGAUACCUUAUCGGCCGGAUUGGACCGAAAACAUACAGGAUGUACCGAUGUAUUAUCCGAGCUGGCUAUAAAGACGUGAACAAAGAUGGAGACGACUUUGAAGACGAGCUGGUGAUGAGCAUUGCCGAGUUUAUUCAGCUAGAAUCCGAAGGCUACGGCGGCUCAAACACUGACCGUUCCAUCGACGGUCGGCUCGCUGUUGUGAAAGCCUCAAACAAGUUUGGGACAAGGCUGUCUCGGUCUAUAUCUGAGGCCAACAUUGCAGGCAGCUCGAGAUCACAGACAACAGUAACAAACAGCAAAUCUCCGGCUCUGCUUAGACUGAGAGCAGAGUAUGAGCAAGAGCUUCCGAGGCUGAGCAUGAGAAGGAUGUUUCAGUUCAGACCAAUGGACACUAAGUUCAGGCAACCUCAGGUGAAAGAGGAGCUGUUUGAUUUGGUAAACGCUAAGGACGCAGAAGUUGCUUACAUUGUUGGGCAUGGUCAUGUGAAGGCGAAGCGAAACUCGGUGUUUGUGAAACGGCUGGUGAUAAACGUAGCUUACUCGUUCUUGAGGAAGAAUUGCCGGAGCCCAGGCGUGAUGUUGAAUAUUCCUCACAUUUGUUUGAUCAAAGUGGGCAUGAACUAUUACUUGUGAGUUUUUGUUACUGAUAUUUCUGUGAGAGUUUUGUGGUUCAGAGUAUUAUAAAUCUGGAUAUGAUGUUUUCAUUUUUGUAAUAUUUAUAGUUUACUGACAUUCUUAUUUUCUUUCUUGGUUACC